AAGUUCUCUACUGGCGCUUUUUCCAAAUCCUGCCUCAUUCCUCAUUCAGCUGAGAGUCCGCUUUGCCGCUAAAUUCUCUAUGUGGCAUAAAGCACAACAAGAUAUCUAAUGACAAGCAUUCGAGGCAAAAGAAAAAGACCAGCGUCCUUUGAAAAGAACACGGAAAUGAAGUGCCCCCUGUCUGCAGAAUCAUUUGUGCCCUGUUGCACGGAGCAACGUGUAACCGAGGCAGUGGAUGAACCAGACAGCAAGAGACAUGUGAAGCAAUUGUCCCCACAGAAGAGAUGUGUUCGAGUGUCUUUGAAGACGCUGCCUUCUCCAGGUGUUUCUUCAGUGACAUUUCACUUUGACCAUGCUGUCAAAGGCAAAGAAAACAAAGACUGUCCCACAUUGGGACCUCUUACAAGGACGGUACUUAAUGUAGAAGAGGAUGAGCAGUUUGAGGACAGUGGCUAUCUGUCCCAUCAGAACAGUCAACAUGAAAACCCUAGCGUGGACUGCAGCACAGAGCACUUGGAUGCGUUGUUGGAAGAGAGAAUCUCCCCUGUUUCUAGUGAAAAAAGCACUCCCGAUUCUUCUGCGCUCCCUGUGUCCACUCUCCCCAUACUGAAGUUUCAACAAGAAGUGUGUCAGAAAUUGUCCAAAACAUUUGAAGAGACCCAGCAUUAUGACUGGUCAGUCAUAAAUAUGGUGGCAAAGGCUUCUGUCCUGCACAAAGUCAUCGGUGGGAAAAUGGGUCUGGAAUGUGUGGACAUUCUUAGCACCCUGUCGGAAAAGAACAUGGGCCACAUUCUCGGCAGAAUACUAAGCAGCCUGGACGACACAGACUUAAUUAGUUGCCAAAAUGUUUGUAAAACAUGGGGAACAAUCAUCAGUGAAAACAAAAAGGCACUUCAACGCUGCAGAGAAGCUCAGCAGAGAAUAAAGAAACUUCUGCAGGAGUGGAAACCGUCUCCUUCCUUGACGCGAGACUUUGCACCAUCCAGGGAGGCCUUCUCAUCUGUUCAGCCAGUAACCUCCACCCCCAUUGGCAAUCCCUCCAGAGCGGUCUUCUUGAAAGAUACACCACAGCUCUCGGCUUCGUCCAAGAAAACAAGCCAGUUGUUCCAGAGAUUCCAGGAGGUUGGUGCCACCCUGAAGCAGCAUGAGAGCCUGAGGAAGUGCCGGCAGUGCAGCUCUCCGGCGCGCUACGACGACGCCAUGAAGCGGGCCGUGUGCACUCGGGCCAGCUGCACCUACGACUUCUGCACCCUGUGCCUGGGGGCCUUCCACGGAUCCGCCCCCUGCAGAACCGGCGUGCUGACCACCCCUUCCUCCUCCUCUGCGUCUCGCCAGCGCCAACACCCCUUACCCUGCAGCAAGCAGAGCAAGAGGAACAUCAGACGACUCUGAACUGAAUGGGACUUGAAUUGAUCUUAUCGUGUAACAAAGGGAAGUUGGGAAACUCCCUUUUUUAUAUGCUCCAAAUUUUUUAAAGAUUUUAUCAACACCAAGUGUUUUUAAAGGAUCGAAUGGGUAUGUAUGGCCAAAUGCAGUCAAACCAAAACUUGUUAUAGGGACAUUGGUGUUCACCCGUGGCCCUACAGACAAUCUAAAACAAUCUAUUUGAUUCUGUAUAUCAUGUACAUAAGAUGUCUAUUUUGUAUGUGUAUGUUUCUUUUACGUGGUGUCCUGUCUUGUAAAUAUUUUGCUGACAGCCAAUAAAACAAUGUUUUGAUACUUUC